AUGUCCGCCAUCACUUCAUUUGCCGCUGCCGCCGUUGGUGCGUCCUCGGCGGAGUACGUGAAUUACGUGGACAUCAAGCUAGAUGGUGUGCACCACCUUCCCGCCGAUUGGGUCUCUGCCGGGUUUCCUGCCCUGACACCCGGCACAGCAGGUGGAGCGGCCGGCGCUGGCGCCAACCAUGCGCACGUGCACGACAAGGAGGGUCCGACGGAGGAGACGGAGGUCGCCUAUGCGUACCACCCGUUCCGCUACGAGGUUUCCCUCGCACUGCCUGCUGCGACCACGAAUGCGACGGCGGCGGCGGACAGCGAUGAGGCGGACGCGGCUACUGCCGAGGCUUUCAGAGAGGAGCCGCCGCCGAACACCGACGAGGGCGCAAAGUUAGACAUGUCCGUCGUCGCCUCCUUCACGCGCGGCCGGCUGCUGGCGCUCUUGCCGCAGUAUACGGCGUACAUCGCGGCAGCGGAGCCGGCGCCGGCCCCGGGUGUGGACGACGCCAGCCCGCUGCGAGACGUGCCCGUCUCCAUCAGCGCGGAAAGCGAGAUGGCCACUGCCUGCGUGUCCGGCGACGAAAGGGAGGCGUCCGAGGCUGGCAAGGCGUCUGAUAAGGCGGCGGCCGCCGGCGCCACGCCGGCCAUUCUGUGGGUCGUGACGGAGCGGACGGACUCGCCUGGCGGCAGCGGUGGAGCGAACGGCGCCGAUGCCGUGGGAAUGGUGGCCACAAAGCGCCGAGCGAGGUCGGCCACGCCCAUCGCCCCCGCCGCUGCUGCCGCUGCUGCUGCUUCGGCAAACAAUACCGCCGCUGCAGCCGUUCCGGGAGCGCCUGCGCCGCCAGUGCCAGAGUCCAGCGAGCCGGCUCCGUGCGUCGUGCGCGUCCCUCUGACAGCCGUGCAGGAGGCGUACCUCGAAGGCUUGCUAGAGGCUGGUGCGCCGCUGAAGCUGAGCUUCCGCCGCGUCCUGCGUCCUGGCUGCCCGGCCGAGUGGGAGGACUUCAACGCCGGCUACUUCGAGGCUGAGAUCCCGAUCUCGCUGCACGCCUUGACGGAGCCGGGGUCGACGCACCUCGCUGCCGAUGUGGCACUGCAACCGGCGAAUGUGCCGGAGAAGCGCGCUGUCGCUGGGUCGGUGCCGUCGGAGAACGACCUGGCGGACCGCGGAAAGAAGCGCACCGUCACCCGCAAGCAGCGUCAGAUGGUGCCCAGCAUCCUCAUCGACGUACCCGACCGCGACGCCCCACACCCGUACGUGACGGCUGGCACUAUGGCCACCGUCUCCCUCACGCUGCAGCGCACUCUCACUCCUCUUGUCAGUGACCGCGUGCGGCCUGCCGUCACGCCUGCCCAGCUGAUCCCUCCACGGCCCAUGCCGACGGUGUCCGCUGCGGCCGCCGAUGACACACAGACGCGACUCCAGCAAACGUUGCUGGGGGUUGUGCGGCAGCUGGUGUGCGGUAUGCGCGGCGCAACUCAGAUGAAGUCGUGCGGAUUGCCUGGGUCUGACGACGCGGCCUGGCGCACUGACUUUGUGGCGGCUCUGCAGAGCACCGGUGAGCUGGCCGCCUUCAAGAGCCAGCUGACGCCGCUGGUGACGGGCCUGGUGCAGGAGCGCCUGCGGAGCGGCCUUACUGGUGGCGGAUCGCCGCAGGAGGUGGCGCGGGCGAGCAACGAGCUCUACGUUCAGCUUAUGGACAUGCUGCACAGUGCCCUGCACGAGUGUGCCGGCGAAGGCGACGCGGCAUCGAGCGUGCCACAGCUUCGGACCACUUCGAGCGGUGGUGCGCCGAACAGCGGUGAGGAGCAGGAGGUGCGGUGGCGCGCGAUCGAGGCGGAGGUGAGCGGGGACUUCGAGCUUGCUGCGAAGCUGUACCAAAGCCGUCUGACCUCGCACGUCGCAGGGGACAACUGGGUGGCACUUUGGGUGGACUGCGGCCUCUUCUACCAGCGCACCGAGGAGUUGGCCAAGGCGGAGCAGUGCUACCGCGAGGCGAUCGCCUGCGACCCGCAUUGCACGUCGGCGCUGCUGGACUACGGAGCAUGGCUGCUUGCCCACGACCGGCUGGAUGAAGCGGCCGUGUUCUUGCACGGUCUCGUCGACAUUGCCCCGCAGCACAAGCUGGGAUGGGGCUGCAUUGCGCUGCUGGCGGACUUGCACGAGUUGGCGGUCCGCGUUGGCAGCCCGGACGCGGUGGUGGAGCAGCAGAAGUGGCGCAGGGAGCAGCGUCUGGCGCUGCGCAAGGCGGCGGAGUGCGGCGCUGUGAGCCCGAGCCACGCCACCGGUGGUGCUGACAGCGGAGGGCUUUCGGGGAGCAGCGGCCCGGCCAACGACUCCGUCCCGACGCCUCCUCCCGCAUCAUCGCAGCAGGACGCUGAGGAGGAGCAAAUGUACUUGGAGGUGGCGACAUACCUCGUGAACCUGCACCACCGCGAUUUGGCGAAUGUGUGCUUGGCACGGUGCCGACCCGGGAUGCUGCAGGUGGAGCUGCUGUACGCGCGUCUGUUCACGCAGGGUGGGCAGUACGAGGAGGCGCUCAGGACACUGGACGAGAUCAACACGCCGUCCGGCGCGCACACAUCUAUCUCCGCGGCGGAGCAGCGUCUUGUAGACGAGUGCGCGCUGCUGCGUGCCGAGUGCGCCGCCGCGCUCGGGCGUCCGUCCGAUGCUGUGAGGGUGUACAAGCAGGUCCUGUGCCGCGGCGAGCCGCCCACGGCGCCUCCGUACCUCGGGACCCUGACAUCACACUGGCAGGCGCAGCUUCAGGAGGUGCGGUCCUUCGGCAUGGCUAGCAAGAGUGGCGCGGCAAGUCCGGCGCAGGCGCUGCUGGACCAGCGCAUCACAGAGGCGGAAAGCAUGCAUUACUUGUCCGCUUACCUGCAUCUGUGCAACUUGCUCCUUAGGGAGGGUCGCUACCGUGACGCGCUGGGCGUCGUGACGCUCGCGCUGCAGGUGUGGCCGAGCAGCUCGGUGUUGUGGCUCGGCGCCGGCGUCGCCUACUACCGCGCUGGCGACCUGCUGCCGGCGGAGGAGUGCCUGCAGGAGAGCAACACGCUGAACCCGGCCAACCCGCGCACAUGGGCCUACCUCGCCCUGCUGGCGGUGCGGCUGCACAAUGUCGGGGUGGAGGAAGUGGUGCAGCAGCUGCUGACCCUAAACCUGGAGGACGCUCCGUUGUGGGCUGAGCUCGGCCGCACCCUGCUGGGCACUGCGCGAUUUCCACGGCUGAGCGUGCUGUGCCUGCGCCGGGCUGCCGCGCUAGCGUCUGGCAAGGGUGGCGCUGCCGAUGCCAUCUUGCCGUCGACGCAGUACCAUCUCGCACACGCGCUGAUGGAGCUGCAGCAGUGGGAGGAGGCGGAGCAGCUGCUGGGCAAGGUCGCCUCGAACAGCGGCAGCAACGAGGUGCUGCGCGGCAAGGCGGAGGAGGAGCUAGCGGUGCUGCGCGCCGGUCAGUAA